AUGGAUUAUUAUGAUUACGAUUAUGAUGAAACUUACCAAAAAAAUUCUCCAACAAGUGAAGAAUAUGUUUUUGAAUAAAGUCAGCAGUAAAAACUUCCAUAUUGCGUUACAAACAUUGUUGAAGGGUAAAUUGAAAAUCCCUAUUUAUAUUUAGAUUAUGAGGAGGAAUAAUAAAAGGACGAAUAAGAAUAAGAAUAACGUGAAAUAUCUUAUGAAAAUGUUUAACUGAGUUAAAAAAAUGUUGUUUGCAGUGGAAAUUUAGGUGAAAAUAAUAAAAUUGUCUAAAAUUAAGAUUAAGAAUUAGGUAGCACCACUGCUAAUACUAAUUUUGAAAUAUAUGAAGAGAAUUAGACUAAUGAAGAUGGUGAAAGAGCUAAAGUACUUUAAAUAAUAUACAAGAGACAAGACCAAUAGAUUGAUAUCCUAUAAAAUUGA